CACUAUUACCAACUACUAGCUACCUACCGAGUACCUCCUACUAGCUACUACAACCACCACCAUACAUCUCUACCUCAUACAUACUCUCCCUCCCCUCCUCCUCAUACAUUUCAUACAUCUUCAUCCUCUUCCUCCUCCACCUCCACCUCCUCUUCCUCUUCUUCUUUUCUUUUCUCAUAUCCUCCCCUCCCAUUCCCUCCACCCCACCCUUCUCCCUUCCUUCUACUAACAUACAACAAUCAUCUAUCUCUCCUCCUCCUCCUCUCUCUUCCCUCCUACCUUCCUCCCUCUCUUCUUUUUCUCCCUCCACCACCAUCACCACCUGUCUCACAUCCCCCCACCUCCGCGCCUGGUGAGAUCUCUUCGAUACCGAGUACCGCCUUCCUCCACUCGGUGAAGCAUUGCAUUGCAUUGCUGCCGCCGACGCCGACGCCGCUGCUGCUUGCAUCACCACACCCAUCAUGGCCGCGCCGCUGGAUGUCGAGGCCUCGCUGAACCUAUUCACCACCAACGCAACCUCCCCCGAGUGGAUGCGCCGCAACCAUGACCUUCGCUUGACCGUCAAGAUCUUGCAAUUCGCCUAUCCCAUCUUUCUGCUCGUCUUCUUCCUCGCCGCUUUCACCGCCCGCAGCAUCCUUGCAACUAAUUCUAAUUCUAAUAUCUCCAAAUCAAACCAACUCGGCCCUGGCGGCAAGCCUCUGCCCGCAAACGACCCAACCCGCAAUUUCGUCAAGAAGACCGUCACCGACGACGUCACGCAGAGUCAGAAGCGCCUCUUUGAAUGGUUGUCUCUGGCCACCGCCCUCACCUUCCUCGGAAAUGCCGUCAAUGUCAUCGUUCAUGCCCUAUACGCCCGCAAGGAGAAUUGGUGGUGCGGUCAACACACCGUCAUCUACCUCGUCGGCUCCUUCUUCAUCUACUGCCUUUUCCUGAUCUCCCUCCUCGAUUCGAAACCGUCUCCCACCGUCGCCCAUCUUUCAACAUGGGUCGUGGCAACCGCUCUCGAAAUCGUCUUGCUCGGAUGCUCCCUCGCCAUCUACACACAUACGCACAAGGAACCUACCGCGAAGAAGCCCGCCCACCCCAGAUACCGCUUCCACAUGACCGAAUGGGAGAGCACUGAAGUUGCAGUCGACCUGCUCCGCAUUGUGCUACUGCUCACCCUUAUCGCAUUCUACUUCAUUUUCGUUGUCCUACCCAGGAACAGGAAGGCGUCACAAGAGGCGGGAAGCUCCAGCGAGACCGCAUCCUUGCUUGGUGGGGACCGCGACGGUCAGGCCGAGAAUGGUCACGCGAAUGGCUAUGGCUCAAUCAAUAAUGCUGGUGGCAAACCUCCGCAUAGUGAGGGUGCUGCUCCGCCCGCUUGGAGUCGGCCCACGGGAGCUCCAUCGCGCAGCUGGUGGGAGUACCUCAAGGGAUACCGUGUCUUUUUCCCUUACUUGUGGCCAUCAAAGGACCGCCGCUUGCAGUUGGUGGUAGUCAUCUGCUUCCUGAUUGUCAUCGCUCAGCGCAUCAUCAAUCUGCUCGUUCCCGAUCAAGUCGGCAAGAUCGUCAGCACCUUGGCUGGUGAGCGCGCAGGCAACGCAUGGGCCGAGAUCCUGAUCUUCAUAUUUUUCCGCCUCGUCCAAGGCAACAAUGGCUUGCUUGGGGCUCUGCGGUCGACGCUCUGGAUCCCGGUGGGGCAAUAUUCAUAUCGCGAGUUGUCCGUUGCGGCAUUCGAGCACGUGCACAGCCUCAGCCUCGAUUUCCACCUCGGCAAGAAGACUGGCGAGGUCUUGUCAGCCCUCGGAAAGGGUAGCUCCAUCAACACCUUUUUGGAGCAGGUGACCUUUCAGGUCGUCCCCAUGCUCAUCGAUCUCGCUGUCGCCAUUGGCUACUUUUUGAUCAAGUUCGACGCCUACUAUGCACUCGUGAUUGCUGUCGUAACUUUCUGGUACAUCUAUCUGACUAUCCGCAUGGCCCAAUGGAGAGCUGAAAUACGCCGCGAAAUGGUCAAUGCGGAUAGAGAAGAAGAUGCAGUCAAGAACGACUCCAUGGUUUCUUACGAGACCGUAAAGUACUUCAACGCUGAGGCGUACGAAUUUAACCGUUACCGCAAUGCAGUCAACAAGUUCCAGACCGCUGAGUACCAGGUCUUGUUCUCGCUUAACCUCAUGAACAUUACCCAGAACAUGGUAUUCAUGCUCGGUCUGCUGGCUACAUGCUUCAUCGCGGCGUACCAGAUUACGACGGGCCAGCGCGAAGUUGGCAAAUUCGUUACCCUGAUCAUGUACAUGGGCCAGCUGCAAAGUCCACUCAACUUCUUCGGCACCUUCUACAGGAUGAUCCAGUCCGCCAUGAUCAAUUCCGAGCGCAUGUUGGAGCUGUUCAAGGAGCAACCGACGGUCAUCGACGCUCCAGAUGCGGCAACGCUCCCGUCGUGUGAGGGAAAUCUCAGGUUUAACGACGUCCAUUUCUCUUACGACACGAGGAAACCGGCCCUCCAGGGACUCGAUUUCCACUGUGCGCCAGGGACCACAACCGCGUUUGUCGGCGAAUCCGGUGGUGGAAAAUCCACCGUAUUCCGGCUCAUGUACCGAUUCUACAACACCAUGUCUGGCAGCAUCCAGGUCGACGGACACGAUGUCGAGGAGCUCACCAUUGAUUCCGUGCGGCGACACAUUGGCGUCGUCCCCCAGGAUACGGUCCUGUUCAACGAGUCGCUCAUGUACAACUUGAAGUACGCCAACCCCGAUGCGACGGAUGAGGAGGUUUACGCCGCAUGUCGUGCAGCUUCGAUCCAUGAUAAGAUCCUGGGCUUCCCGGAUAAGUACGAGACUAAGGUAGGCGAGCGUGGUCUCCGCCUCUCCGGUGGCGAGAAGCAACGGGUGGCGAUUGCGCGUACCAUUCUGAAGAAUCCCCGCAUCAUCAUGCUUGAUGAGGCCACCGCUGCGCUCGACACGGAAACCGAGCAACACAUCCAAGAAGCGUUUACGGCGCUAGCGCAGGGCCGCACCAUGCUGAUCAUCGCGCACCGUCUUAGCACGAUUACUCAUGCCGACCAAAUUCUGGUUCUCCACAAGGGCAAGGUGGCCGAACGAGGCACGCAUGAGGAGUUGCUGGAGAAGAACGGACACUAUGCAGCCAUGUGGAAGAAGCAGAUUCGCGCGCAACGCGCAGCAGAGCAAGCGAAGAUCUUGAAGGACAAGGCAGACCGCCUCCGACGGGAGUCCAAGGAUGGCAACAUCAACUUGGACGACGGCAGCUCCAGCCAUUCCAAUUCCUCGAGCGACGAUGAGCGAGCCAAGAAGGUUCGUGGAACUCCCUCGACGACCGAAUACCAAGGCAGCGACCAUGGCAAACCUGCCGGACACCCCUGAAUUUAGGGUAUUCAGGUCCAACAGUGUCUAGAUCGGAACGCCUGAGAUUCUCCCUUUGAGUGAUGCAGACCUGCAUCGUCGGUGUACAAAACCACACUCUCACAUUUCAUAAUUUUUUUCCUCCCUCUUUCCUUGCGGAAAAGCGUUGCCAUAUAUUGCUUGCCCUCUUUCGUCGUUUGUUCAUCGUU